AUGUCUGCUCCAGCUCAAAACUAUAAGGUCGCUGAUAUCUCUUUGGCCGCUUUUGGUAGAAAGGAAAUCGAAUUGGCUGAACAUGAAAUGCCAGGUUUGAUGGCCAUUAGAGAGGCUUAUGCUUCUGUUCAACCUUUGAAGGGUGCUCGUAUUGCAGGCUGUUUGCACAUGACUAUCCAAACUGCUGUUUUGAUCGAAACUUUGACUGCUUUGGGUGCUGAAGUUACUUGGACUUCUUGUAACAUUUACUCUACUCAAGAUCAUGCAGCUGCUGCAAUUGCUGCUUCUGGUGUUCCAGUUUUCGCUUGGAAGGGUGAAUCUGAGGAAGAGUACACUUGGUGUAUUGAACAACAAUUAUUCGCUUUCAAGGAUGGUAAGAAAUUGAACUUGAUCUUGGAUGAUGGUGGUGAUUUGACCUCUUUCGUUCACGAAAAGUACCCAGAAAUGUUGAAGGACUGUUUCGGUGUCUCCGAGGAGACCACCACUGGUGUUCACCACUUGUACAGAAUGGUCAAGGAAGGUAAAUUAAAGGUUCCAGCCAUCAACGUUAACGACUCUGUUACCAAGUCCAAGUUCGACAACUUAUACGGUUGUAGAGAGUCUUUGAUUGAUGGUAUUAAGAGAGCUACCGACGUUAUGCUUGCUGGUAAAGUUUCUGUUGUUGCCGGUUACGGUGAUGUUGGUAAGGGUUGUGCUGCUGCUCUAAGAGGUAUGGGAUCUCGUGUUAUUGUCACCGAAAUUGACCCUAUCAACGCUCUGCAAGCUGCUAUGGAAGGUUACCAAGUCUUGACCAUGGAACAAGCUGCUUCAAUUGGUCAAGUCUUCGUUACCACCACUGGUUGUAGAGAUAUCAUCACUGCCGAACACUUCUUGGCUAUGCCAGAAGAUGCCAUUGUUUGUAACAUUGGCCACUUCGACAUUGAGAUUGAUGUUGCUUGGUUGAAGGAAGACGCUAAGGAAUGUAUUAACAUUAAGCCACAAGUCGACCGUUACCUAUUGUCUUCCGGUAGACACGUCAUCUUGUUGGCUAACGGUAGAUUGGUCAACUUGGGUUGUGCCACUGGUCACUCUUCUUUCGUCAUGUCUUGUUCUUUCUCCAACCAAGUCUUGGCUCAAAUCGCUUUGUUCAAGGCUAACGACAAGGAAUUCAGAGAGAAAUUUGUCGAAUUUGAAAAGACAGGUCCAUUUACCACUGAUGUACAUGUUCUACCAAAGAUCUUGGAUGAAGCUGUCGCCAAGUUCCAUUUGGCUAAGUUGGGUGUCCAAAUUACUGAAUUGACCUCUGUUCAAUCCUCUUACUUGGGUAUUCCACAACAAGGUCCAUACAAGGCUGAUCACUACAGAUACUAA